GACUGUCCCAGUGCGACCUCUCUGCUGCCCUCUAGUGGGCGAUGUUUUACAGGCAAGUGAGAUCUGAGAGCAGGAAGACACCGACCGCUGCUCUUCUGUGGAGAUCGGAGCCAUGACAGCUGAUGUGCGGGGGCCCUGCACUUACACUUGCUUGUACUUGUAGUGCACAAAGAACGAAACAGGCUAUCAUAUACACGGGAUGGGCCCCAGGUCGCAGCUGCCGCCCACUGUCACUGGAUGAAUGGGAGCAGGUCACAGCAGAGAGGACACCACAGCUGACCUAGUGCAGAGCUGGCUGGCGGAACAGUGUGCCAGGCACCAUGAGGAGCAGGAGUAACUCAGGAGUCAGGCUCGAUGGCUAUGCCAGGCUUGUGCAGCAGACCAUCCUGUGCAACCAGAACCCUGUCACUGGACUGCUGCCUGCAAGUACAGAACAGAAGGAUGCGUGGGUCCGGGACAACGUCUACAGCAUUCUUGCUGUUUGGGGCUUGGGGAUGGCUUACAGGAAAAACGCUGACCGCGAUGAGGACAAAGCUAAAGCAUAUGAAUUAGAGCAGAGUGUUGUGAAGCUGAUGCGUGGUGUCUUACAUUGUAUGCUCAGACAGGUUGAAAAGGUGGAAAAAUUCAAACAUACACAGAGUCCAAAUGAUUGUCUUCAUGCCAAGUACAAUACGGCUACAUGUAGCACUGUCGUAGGUGAUGACCAGUGGGGACAUCUGCAAGUCGAUGCUACCUCACUGUUUCUUCUGUGUCUAGCACAGAUGACAGCUUCAGGACUCCGCAUUGUGUUUACCCUGGAUGAAGUGGCCUUUAUACAGAAUCUUGUGUUUUAUAUUGAAGCUGCUUAUAAAGUUGCGGAUUAUGGAAUGUGGGAGCGAGGAGACAAAACAAACCAAGGAAUUCCUGAACUUAACGCAAGUUCUGUGGGGAUGGCCAAGGCUGCUCUGGAAGCUAUUGAUGAACUGGACCUGUUUGGUGCCCACGGAGGUCCCAGAUCUGUGAUUCAUGUUCUCCCUGAUGACGUAGAGCAUUGUCAGUCAAUCCUGUAUUCCAUGCUGCCAAGAGCAUCCACUUCAAAAGAGAUUGACGCUGGUCUGCUUUCUAUCAUUUCAUACCCAGCAUUUGCUGUGGAAGAUAUAAAUCUGGUGAAUGUGACCAAAAAUGAAAUCCUCACAAAGUUACAAGGAAAAUAUGGCUGCUGUCGAUUUCUCCGAGAUGGUUAUAGAACUCCAAGAGAGGACCCAACUAGAUUACAUUACGACUCAACUGAGCUGAAGUUGUUUGAAAACAUUGAAUGCGAGUGGCCUGUAUUCUGGACUUAUCUAGUCAUUGAUGGUGUAUUUAAUGGAGACCAAGUUCAGUUGCAGGAGUACAGAGAUGCUCUGGAAGGAAUACUGAUUAGAGGAAAAAAUGGGAUUCGCCUUGUUCCAGAACUAUAUGCUGUCCCGCACAACAAGAUAGAAGAGGAGUAUCAUAACCCUCAUACAGUUGACCGCAUUCAUCUUGGGAAAUUGCCUCAUAUGUGGGGACAGUCUCUGUAUAUUGUUGGAUCUCUACUUGCUGAGGGCUUUUUAGCACCUGGAGAAAUUGAUCCCUUAAACAGAAGAUUUUCUACAAAUUUCAAACCUGAUGUUGUAGUGCAAGUAUGUGUCCUGGCAGAAUCAACAGAAAUAAAGGACAUGUUUAAAAAACAUGACAUUGAGAUACAGAGCUUUGGUGAUGUCCGCCCAUUUCGUGUGCAACCUGCUAGAAUUUUAAGCCACCUCUACGCAAAACUGGGAAUUAAUAAAGCCAUGAAACUAAGUGGGCGGCCAUAUCGUCAUAUAGGAGUCCUGGGAACAUCUAAACUGUACACGAUUAAGAAUCAGAUCUUCACUUUUACUCCACAGUUUACAGAUCAGCACCACUUCUACCUAGCGCUGGACAGCAGGAUGAUUGUUGAAAUGCUCAGGACUGAGCUGGCAUAUCUGACUUCAUGUUGGAGGAUGACAGGGAGACCAACCCUCACCUUCCCCAUCACUCACUCAAUGCUGAAUGAGGAUGGCACAGACAUAGAUCCAGCUAUUCUGUCUACAAUACGAAAACUUGAGGAUGGAUACUUUGGAGGUGCAAGAGUAAAACAUGGCAGGCUAUCUGAUUUUCUUACAACAUCAUUUUUCACCCACCUAAGUUUCCUGGGUGCUGACUGUGAUGAAAGGCUUUUUGAUGACAGUGUUGAAGGCAAUUAUAGUCCAGACAAUGACUAUGAGUAUGAACUUGGAGGAUUUCAAGUGGACCACAGUGAAAGUGAUGACACCCUGGACGAACUUGAUCAGUACAUAAACCACUUGCAGCAAAGUGUGGCCUCAACAACACACUUACCUCCCAUCUCUACUACCUCAAUCCAAUACAAUGCAUUUAGUGCCCUCUAUUCCACACGUGAUAUACUCUCUAUAAUGGCCAAGUCAAAGGGCCUAGAAGUACCAAAUUCAUCAAUGUUUUUACCUGCCAAAAAUUUAAGUGGUCAUCGGAAGUCUUUAAAUCUGUUAGAGGUUCCUCAAUCUCACAAACUUCAGACAAAAGAGACUGAAUUAAAUUUGCCUAAAGACUCGCAUGGUAACGUGGACUGCGAGAAAUUACUGGAGCAGCUAAAAGAAUGUCCAACUCUUCAGGACCAGGCAGAUAUCCUCUACAUAUUAUACGUCAUAAAAGGUCUUGAUUGGGACACCAAUCUCAAUGGCCAGUGUGGAGUAACAGUACACUGCUUACUAAUUGAACUGUAUGGUAAAGCAGGCGGCAAAAGAGAGUGGGGUCUGAUCCGCUACAUCUCUGGUUUACUGAGAAAGAGAGUGGAGGUUCUGGCAGAGGCGUGUACUGACAUCCUUUCCCACCAGAAGCAGCUGACUGUUGGCCUGCCCCCCGAACCUCGAGAGAAGACAAUUACAACCCCUUUACCUCCAGAUGAAUUGGCUCAACUAAUUUAUGAAGCGAGUGGACAAGAUAUUAGCAUUGCUGUACUGACACAGGAGAUAAUGUUGUAUCUGGCGAUGUAUGUCAGAUCUCAGCCCAGUCUCUUUGGAGAAAUGCUCAGACUCCGUAUUGGCCUCAUCAUCCAGGUGAUGGCCACAGAACUUGCUCGCAGCUUAAAUUGCUCAGGUGAAGAAGCCUCUGAAAGUUUAAUGAGUCUUAGCCCUUUUGACAUGAAAAAUCUUCUUUAUCAUAUUCUGAGUGGAAAAGAGUUUGGUGUGGAGCGAAGUAUGCGACCAAUAGAAUCAUGUGCAACCAGUCCAGCUAUCUCCAUUCAUGAGAUGGGACACACAGGAGCCACAAAGACUGAAAGGUCCGGUAUAAAUCGACUACGAAGUGAAAUGAAACAGAUGGAUAGGAGAUUUAGUGCUGAUGAUCAGCUUUUGUCUGGACAUUUUGUAAGCAGCAGCAUCUACUCAUCGAGAUCUAUGAGAUGCAGUAGCCCUUCCUCUCCUACGGGAACUUUGUCUCCUACCGUGUCCUCUGCGUCACAGUUUGUUCUGGACGAUCAUCAGGGCCAGUGGCUCAGAAGAAGACGGUUAGAUGGAGCCAUCAACAGGGUGCCUGUAGGGUUCUAUCAAAAAGUGUGGAGUCUUCUCCAGAAAUGCCAUGGUUUGUCUAUUGAUGGCUAUGUCCUUCCCUCUUCGAGCACAAGAGAGAUGACUGCUUGUGAGAUCAAGUUUGCUGUACACGUCGAGUCUGUCCUCAACCACGUUCCUCAACCGGAGUACAGACAGCUGCUAGUGGAAGCAAUACAUGUGUUUACAUUAGUGUCAGAUAUGGAUGUUGAUAGCGUUGGUGGAAUCAUCCAUGUGGAUCGUAUUGUGCACAUGGCCAGUGAUCUGUUUCUUCAGGACCAGAAAGCCCUUGGAGCUGUAGAUUUUUACCUCGAGCAGGAUCCAGCUACUGGGAUCUGCAACUUCUUCUAUGACAGCGCUCCAAGCGGGGCCUUUGGCACAAUGACUUACUUGACCAAAGCUGUGGCCAGUUAUUUACAGGACUUUUUACCAAAUUCCAGUUGUAUGAUGCAGUGAAAUGGUGGGACAAAAUGUAUUGAAUGAAAUCAUUGCGCUUUACUUACUGUGCUCUCUGAUUGGUUGGCUAACAUCAACCAGCAACCAGAAUCUUUAAGUGAUAGUUUGGACUGAAAAACAGAAAAAAUAUACAUGUAAUAUUUACUGUAAUAUAUACAAUAUUUUAUAACCAUAAUUUAUUAGCUAUUGUAGAAACGAUUAUCAUUGAUUUCCACAAAAUAAAACAAUCAGUGCUAAGGAGAAGACAAGAAAACCUUUGGUUUGCUGUAAACACAGAUAGAUGAGGCGGAAGUACUAGGAAUGGGAUUGCUGCAGAUUUUUCAACCACAAGGCAAGAAAAUCUGAUUUUAAAGGGGUACUCCGGCCCUAAGAUAUCUUAUCCCCUAAUCAAAGGAGGGGCCGUCAAGCCCCCUCCCAUGGGCUUGCAUUGAGGGGGCGGGGCAUGACAUCACAAGGGGGCGGGGUCGUGACAUCACGAUACUCAUGCCCCGUAGUCGUGACCCUUCAGACACAGAGCGAUCAUCGCUCUGUGCAUCAUACACAGGUGGGUGUUGCAUGAUAGAUUGCGGGGGUCCCCAGUGGCGGGACCCCCGUGAUCAGACAUCUUAUCCCCUGUCCUUUUCAUAGGAGAUAAGAUGUCUUAAGGCCGGAGUACCCCUUUAACAAAUCUCAUCCACACUUUGAAGAUCUUUUCAAUACAGAAAUUGAAAUUCACAGCAUGUCUGAGAGCAUGGAUAAGAUGCGCAUUUCCCCUGUUGACUUCAAUGGAAAGUCAAAAUCAGCAAACAAUGCAUUGUUGCAGAUUUUGCUGUGGAUUAUUAUUAUUAUUAAUAAUAAUAAUAAUAUUUAUAUAGAGACAACAAAUUCAACAGCACUUUACAAUUUGAAAUAUACAAAUAAAGACAAUUAACAGAAAUUACAAUAAUAUAAACUACGGUAAAUAUUCAAAGAGGAGUAAGGACCCUGCCAGCUAGAGUUUACAGUCCAGGGAAAAAUCCACACCCAGAAAUCUCCACAGAUUGGUAUGGAUUUAUCUAGCAGGUUUCCAUGCGGAUUGUUUGGCGCAUAAUCUAACUGUGAAAACGGUUGGUCAAAGACGCGCACAGUUAUAGAACACAGAAUAUCUCCUUUAAAGGGGUACUCCGGUGGAAAACUUUUUUUUUCUUUUUUUAAUCAACUGGUGCCAGAAAGUUAAACAGAUUUGUAAAUUAGUUCUAUUAAAACAUCUUAUUUCUUCCAUUGCUUAUUAGU